AGUGUCUACCCGGGCUGUCACUGUGAUCACUUCCGGGGGUGUUACAUGUAUUACUGCGUCUCCCUGAAGGGUGUGUCUGUAUAUCUGGACUGAGUAUUGGAAGUAAAGCAUGUUUAUGGACGGUAUAUUUCCCGACACGGUGGCAUUAAUCCGCCGUCUGAAUGAGAUGAAAACAUCGCUGAUCGUUAUGACGUUAUUUGCUGGUGUGCAUCCUUGUGUGGGGACGACAGCGCCUCUCCACCUGACCAGCUACCCUGAGUCUGCCACAGAUGGAGCAGACUUCACACUGUCCUGUACACCCGCACAGGGCAGGGCAUUGAUAAGUGUCAAGUGGUACAGAAACAAUGUUAACAUAUUUGAUACAAGCAGUGAUGCCGACGUAUCUGCUGAGAUACUCAACCCCAACACCUCCUCCCCCGAGUACCAGUCUGGGUCAGGACGUAUCAGUGUCAGCUCCUCCCUCCAGCAGCACAACGUGACUCUCAGGACCAACUCUACACUCGACCAGGGCUCCGUGUUGGGAUGUAAGGCUGGGCCCCGGUUUAGCAAUAACCUCACUAUUUAUCCCAUAGUGUUUAUUCAAGAUAGAAGCAGAGCCGAAUGUACAGGUGCAAAAGGAUGAAAUUACGUGCUAACGUGAUGCAUGUAUUAGAAAUGAUAUCAAUGCAUCGACUCAACAACCAAAUAAUAUCUCCGAAAGAAUAGCUCAGAAACAUUCUAUAAGAAAAAUACAAUAUU